AUGAGCUGCCUCAUAGCUAAGCAUAACAAUAUUAAAAUCGGAACAGCUAGAUUAGGAACAAAUAAUUAUGACCAAUCGAACCCCAAGAAUCCAGACAGUAGUCAAUAUAAUAGCAAUAAUCGAGACGGCAACCAUAAUACCCGAACCGCUAGUAAUAACACCCGUCACACCAACAGAAGCAGCACUACACCCAUCAACGAUAUACAUCAUGAAGAUGACACUGCUCCUACACUUAAUGUAAUACCUCUGCCCACUUUGAGAAAUAACCGUGAAAUCUAUCAUACCUAUCGCAAUAGCCAUAUUACUAGCAUUAAUAAUAAUAACAACGCUGAACACAGUUCCAACAAUAUAGACCAAAACAACUUAAGCAACACCAAUCGCGAUAAUAACAGUAUCAGUGACGAGAAGACUAGCAGUACUUCCACCCACCACAGUAGCUACCCCCACAAUAACCAUACACUAAUUACCUACCCUAGGACUAAUAACACAUGA